CUGACCCCCCCGGGCCAGCCCCCCCUCCCCCAGCUCCGCGGCCCGCCGACUGGGGGGGCCCAGCCCAGCCCCCUGGGGACCCCCGGAGAGGUGGGGGGCAGCCGGGGGGGCCGGGACGGAGCGGUCGCCGGCCCCCACCGGAGAAACGGGGCGACUGGCCGCAGGGGGGGCGGCCGGGGGGCCGGUCGGGCCGGGACCAAGGGCACCAUGUCGUCCGGGGCCAAGGAGGGGGGCGGGGGCUCCCCCGCCUACCACCUCCCGCACCCACACCCACACCCACCCCAGCACGCCCAAUAUGUGGGCCCCUAUCGGCUGGAAAAGACGCUGGGCAAAGGACAGACAGGGCUAGUUAAACUCGGGGUCCACUGCAUCACGGGCCAGAAGGUCGCCAUCAAGAUCGUGAACCGGGAGAAGCUGUCCGAGUCGGUGCUGAUGAAGGUGGAGCGGGAGAUCGCCAUCCUGAAGCUCAUUGAACACCCACACGUCCUCAAGCUCCACGACGUCUACGAGAACAAGAAAUAUUUGUACCUGGUUCUGGAGCACGUCUCUGGAGGUGAGCUGUUCGACUACCUGGUAAAGAAGGGGAGACUGACCCCCAAGGAGGCCCGGAAGUUCUUCCGCCAGAUCGUGUCGGCGCUGGACUUCUGCCAUAGCUACUCCAUCUGCCACAGAGACCUGAAGCCCGAGAACCUGCUUUUGGAUGAGAAAAACAACAUCCGGAUCGCAGACUUCGGGAUGGCGUCCCUGCAGGUGGGGGACAGCCUCCUGGAGACCAGCUGUGGGUCCCCCCACUAUGCGUGUCCAGAGGUGAUUAAGGGGGAAAAGUAUGACGGCCGCCGGGCAGACAUGUGGAGCUGCGGAGUCAUCCUCUUCGCCUUGCUUGUGGGGGCUCUGCCCUUUGAUGAUGACAACCUCCGCCAGCUGCUGGAGAAGGUGAAACGGGGCGUCUUCCACAUGCCCCACUUCAUUCCUCCAGACUGCCAGAGCCUCCUGAGGGGGAUGAUCGAAGUGGAGCCCGAGAAAAGACUCAGUCUGGAGCAAAUUCAGAAACAUCCCUGGUACCUGGGCGGGAAACACGAGCCGGACCCCUGCCUGGAGCCAGCCCCAGGCCGCCGGGUGGCCAUGCGGAGCCUGCCAUCAAACGGAGAGCUGGACCCCGACGUCCUGGAGAGCAUGGCUUCGCUGGGCUGCUUCAGGGACCGCGAGCGGCUGCACCGCGAGCUGCGCAGCGAGGAGGAGAACCAAGAAAAGAUGAUCUAUUAUCUGCUUUUGGAUCGAAAGGAACGGUAUCCCAGCUGUGAGGACCAGGACCUGCCUCCCCGGAACGAUGUUGACCCACCUCGGAAGCGUGUGGAUUCCCCCAUGCUGAGCCGUCAUGGGAAGCGGCGGCCAGAGCGGAAGUCUAUGGAAGUUCUAAGCAUCACGGAUGGUGGGGGUGGUGGCUCCCCGGUGCCCACCCGACGGGCCCUGGAGAUGGCCCAGCACAGCCAGAGAUCCCGUAGUGUCAGUGGAGCCUCGACCGGUCUGUCCUCCAGCCCUCUGAGCAGCCCAAGGAGUCCAGUCUUUUCCUUCUCACCGGAGCCCGGGGCUGGAGAUGAGGCUCGGGGCGGGGGCUCCCCGACUUCCAAAACGCAGACGCUGCCUUCUCGGGGCCCCAGGGGUGGGGGCGCCGGGGAGCAGCCCCCGCCCCCCAGUGCCCGCUCCACACCCCUGCCUGGCCCCCCAGGCUCCCCGCGCUCCUCCGGGGGAACGCCCUUGCACUCGCCCCUGCACACGCCCCGGGCCAGCCCCACUGGGACCCCAGGGACAACGCCGCCCCCAAGUCCUGGCGGUGGCGUCGGGGGAGCCGCCUGGAGGAGUCGUCUCAACUCCAUCCGCAACAGCUUCCUGGGCUCCCCUCGCUUUCACCGACGCAAGAUGCAGGUCCCCACCGCCGAGGAGAUGUCCAGUUUGACGCCAGAGUCAUCUCCAGAGCUGGCAAAACGCUCUUGGUUCGGGAACUUCAUCUCCUUGGACAAAGAAGAACAAAUAUUCCUCGUGCUAAAGGACAAACCUCUCAGCAGCAUCAAAGCGGACAUCGUCCAUGCCUUCCUGUCGAUCCCCAGCCUGAGUCACAGUGUGCUGUCACAGACCAGCUUCAGGGCUGAGUACAAGGCCAGCGGUGGCCCCUCCGUCUUCCAGAAGCCUGUCCGCUUCCAGGUGGACAUCAGCUCCUCUGAGGGUCCAGAGCCCUCCCCCCGACGGGACGGCAGCAGUGGUGGCGGCAUCUACUCUGUCACCUUUACUCUCAUCUCUGGUCCCAGCCGUCGGUUCAAGCGAGUGGUGGAGACCAUCCAGGCACAGCUGCUGAGCACUCAUGACCAGCCCUCCGUGCAGGCCCUGGCAGACGAGAAGAACGGGGCACAGACCCGGCCUGCCGGUACCCCACCCCGAAGCCUGCAGCCCCCGCCCGGCCGCCCAGACCCAGAGCUGACCAGUUCUCCCCGCCGAGUCCCCCCUAAGGACAAGAAGCUCCUGGCCACCAACGGGACCCCUCUGCCCUGACCCCAGGGGGCUGGGGAAGGAGGGGAGCC